UUUCUAACUUUCAAGAUAAACUUAUAUCCCAGCGAAGACUCUAUCAUUACUGUAAACUAUUCGCCACUGUAAAAAAUGGGACAUUUAUUUGCUUUGCUUAUUCUAUCUAUGGUAAUUGUGAGUUUUGGAGACAAACUGAAUUUUGUUCAUAAAUGGAAAUAUUGUGAAUUUGAAUGGGAAAAUCAGCAACAAAAAGAAGAUGCGAUAAAUUCUGGAACUUACAACCCUAGCAGAUGCUUGUUCCACGGAGCGACUAAAGCAGAAGAUGGUAGAGUAUUCGUCACUAACCCAAACAUUGGUGGUCCUGGAUCACCUGCUAGUUUGUCGAUUGUAACAAAUGAGACAGGACCAGGGGGUCCUCUUUUACGUCCAUAUCCAGAUUGGAGUUGGCAUAAUAAUAACAGUAUGUGCAAUGGUAUUAUAAACGUUUAUAAACUGCAUAUUCAAUGCAACCACAUCUUUGUUAUGGAUAACGGCCAAUCCCAAGAAACCGAACAAAUUUGUGAUCCAAAACUAUUGAUCUUUGAUUUAAAAAAUGAUAUGCUGGUUAAAACUAUUUACAUCCCACCUGAUAUUGCCAAUAACAAAACAGGCUUUGGAUUAUUAAUGAAUCCUUUAGUUUAUAUUCCAAAUAAAGAAUGCACGCGCUUUCUGGAUGAAAUGAUUGUAUUUGUGGCUGAUUCGAUAGGUUUCGGUUUAGUAGUGUAUGAUUCGUCUACAGAGCGUAUGUGCAGAGUCGAAUCCGAUUAUAUGAAACCGACUGAUGCUAAUUUCGUCAUAGACGACCAAAAUGUUACUUAUGGAGGUGGUAUCUUCAGUUUGACAAUCAUAUGCGAUGAACUUUAUUAUGCUCCCGUAGCAGGAAACGAAAUAUAUAAAAUAAAAAUAAAGACGCUAUUGGAAUGUCCAAAUAAAGAAAAGGCUAAUAAACAAACUAAACUUGUUAAAGAAUUAUCGAGUCAAACAAUAGAUAUCUCAUCAACGGAACAUUACAUAUUUUACUCUGAUAGUCGAACAAAUUCUAUUGUAGGCACAAGCUCUUGUACGAAAUCUAAUAACAACAUAGUAAUACUCGCGCAAGACGAUGAAAAAUUACAAGUUAUGAGUACAACGAAAAUUAUAUCUUACUGGGAUCAACUAAUAGGCCUAUCAAAUAGAUUUCAGAAAUAUGCUACUGACACGUAUAAUCUAAGUGACAUAAAUUUCCACUAUUUUGAAAUGGAAUUAGCUAAAAUACUGGAGGAAAUGGAUUAACGCUAUUAUCUUUGUUCAUAUUUUUUAACAUAUUUUAAUAUAAUAUUAUAUACGUAAGAUUUCAGUUUAUAUACAUAUAUAUGGGGCGUUCUCUUUUUAAAUCGGCCACCUCCCUGCCUAAAAAAAUUUCAAUUCUUGAGAUAAAAUUCUUUAAAAGGGCUUAAAACUUUGCUUUUGAAAUAUCUAUUUUUCGAUACCGUAUGGCGUUUUUGAAAAUUCAAAAUGGCGGACCUAAAAUGGCGACUGGAAUGAAAAAAGACAUUGGAAAAAUUAACGAUAUUGUAAAUAAAUGUUCACGAUAUCUGGAGAAAAGGUUUAGGCUGCUAAUCUUGAAAAGAAACGUAUAUGGAAAACUAAGAAAUGACUAUAACAUAGGUAACUUAUACUAUUGUAUUUCCCUUAUAGUUUUAUAUAUACGUUUCUUUUCAAAAAUAAAUGCCGCGAUCAUGUUCGUGUGUAUGAUAAGGCUUUUUACUUGAGUCCCCUUGCCUCCCACGUGUAUUUGCGCGCGCGUUUGUGUGUGUGAGAGUGCGGCGAUCGCGAACACGUGUGACUAUGUGGAUGUGAAUAUACUAUAAAAUUUAUUUUUAAUUUUUUAUCCUUUACUGUCUUCCUUGUAAUUACAAUAGUGUUCCAUUUAAAUCGUUGGAAUACCUUUUGAUUAAUACAUUAUUUUCGCGCCCGCAAGUAUAAAUGUAUAAUUCUUGUGGAAGAGGUCGCGCAGCUUCAAAUCACUUAUUAAGUCUUCUUCUUAUCUUCUCACGAUCAGUUCCUUUAAAUAAAAAAUCCUUAUGUUUUUCUUGAAAGGUUUUCUAGUACAAUUAAAAAGAAUUUCGGGUGUUAAUGUUGCGUCCUAUGGCUUAGCAACAAGACUUGCUGUAUAUACUUUUUUAAACGUAGUACCGAUCGCAUCAUGACCUUUUACCAUGCGCAGUGGCAUUAUAAUAUCACUCUGCUUCAACAUUAAAAUCUUCAUGAUGAACUAAAUUAGCAAUUUGAAAUUUAUUUUUAAAGUACUGUUUCGC